AUGACUCUCGAUUCCGUAUUUGUCGCGGAUCACUUACAAAGCACCACCACAUGUUAUAUCCAAACCCUGCCGUUCGAACUCUUAUCUCAUGUCUUCAUCAUUUGCGAACAAAACUAUAACGCGGCAUUGACAACACCGCCCGAUCUUCGACAUAAUAGUUGUGCGUUUGUCCUCCGUUCAGUCUGCAAACAGUGGAACGAGGUCGCGCUCUGCACCCCCCAGUUAUGGACGCGCAUACGAAUCCUGGGACCGCGCACUCUGGCGCUUGCCGAAAUGUGGAUUCAGCGAAGCGGUGCUCAGGAGCUUGAUAUCUCAAUCAUCCUGUCUUCGCCAACCGAAAUCGCUGCCUCCAACGCGCUCAUAGAACCGCAUUUGAGCCGCAUCGUGACCAUGCAUUUUGGAAUGACUUGUGGGACCACCAUAUACACGCCCGCGCAGCCCGCGCCGCUGAUUCCAGACACGAUCCGCAGUCUCCGGUUCGCAAACAUCGGCUUUUCGAAUUGUACUGCCCUUCGAAGAAACCUCUCGCUAUUCCAACGGCUAAAAUAUCUCGAUUUAUCAUCAUCCAGCACCGAUGAAAAAUGGAUGUCUGUCGAUGAAAUUAGGAUAUCACGUCCGGAUUGGUUCCUGAUGGAGGAACUCGAAGAAAUACUGUUACCGAUGAAUGCGCUGUGCGAGCGCGUACGACAAUAUUUGCUGGCGCCUCGUUUACGGUAUUCUUCCAUCAGAGGUCAUUACUUUGCCCCAUCCCCUGCCAACACUCUCAUUGUACGGGAGGACCUUUCCUCUGAACAAGGUCCCUUGGGUGUUCACAUUGUUUUACUGCAAGUUCCCGAGGUCGAAAGCUUGACACUUAUUUGGUCGAAUCGGACCGCAGACUUCUUGAAGCCAACAUUCUGCGACUAUGCUUUACAUUGCCUGGGGAUGAAGAGACAUGCUUUCCCUCUUCCGGAUAUGUCUCUCUCAGAAGACGAGUGGACGGAUCCGCCUCAGAUGAUGUUACCGCGACUACGAAACCUCCGAAUGUGCAACGUUCCCAGGAUUGGCACUGUAGAUGCACUGUAUGAUCGAUACGUCCCCACAUACACCGGAUCAUUGCCCGCUGUACUCGAAAGAGUCGAAAUUGAUGGACCGGUAGAACCGACCACUUGGCCAGCCGUUGCGAAGACCCUGCGAGAGCAUGGCACGACCGUAAUCGAAUCGUUCGGAACCAGUAUAUUUCGUCUCCAGGGAAAUGAACCGCUCAACGUAUAA